UCCAAGGCCAGGAUUUACCCAUACAGCAUUGAGUUGGCUUUCUAAAGCUGGAGAAGCUCUUGUUGGGACUGUUGUGCAGCUAGUCCCGUGAAGAUGCUGCCCAGUAGUGGUUUACCUGGACUGGACCCACAAGUAACAUUGAGGGGCCUUAAUGCUCGCCUGGUGAACUUCCUAGAGCAAGUGAACAGACUGCAAGAGGCAAAUACACAACUGGAGCGGCAGAUUGCUGAAAGGGUUCACAGAAACACCUUACAGCCCAGGGACUGGACCCUGCAGGAGAGGACUGUAGAGGAGCUCCGCACUGAGGUUAGCAGAUUGUUGAUGGAGAAUGCCCAGAUGGCUCUGCAAACUGAUAAAAUCCAAUCAGAGACUGCCCAUCUCCAGGCCAGAUGUGAGGCAGAGAAAAGGCAGAGACAGCUUCUAGAGCGGGAGGUGGUCCAGCUGAGGGGAGUUAGGAGCAGAGCGGAGCAUCAGGCUGUGCAGCUGGAGGCUGAGCUUCAGAGAAGCACAGAGGAGCUGGAGCAGAUACGCCAGGAGCAUCAACAGGCAGUGCAGGCUCUGCAGCACGCAGCUGGCCAGGGUGAUGUUGUGCUAAUGCCGGUGACGGAGGGGGAGGAUGGCAGAGAGAUGGAGCUCUCACAGCUCCUCGAACAGAUUAGGACGCUGUAUGAUGGCCUCAUCACCAACAGCCACCCGGGCCCAGGGCCACCAGAAGGAGCACUUAACCAGGAGGCGGCGGCACAGGCCCAGGCAAACCAGGAUGUGGAGGCCCUGCACGCAGCCCGGGCAGAGCUAACCGAGGCCAGGAAGCAGUGGCACAGUCUGCAGGUGGAGAUUGAGUCGCUUCACGCACUGGAGAGGGGUCUAGAGAGCUCCUUGCAGUACACACAGCGGCAGUAUGAGUCCCAGCUGCAGGACAUGUCCAGGGAAAUCCGGGGCCUUGAGGCAGAGCUGUGUCAGGUGCGCAGUGGCCUAGAAAACCAGCGCCAGCGCCACCACGAGCUGCUCAAUACCAAGGUGCGGCUGGAGCAUGAGAUCGCCACCUACAGGCAGCUUCUGGAAAGAGAAGAGGGCAGGAUCUGUGGGCAUAAUGGCCCAGUUUUGGAUAUCAAGCUAGGACCACCUGACAUGAAGCUGAAGGAGCAGUUAGUGACCAAUCACUGUGGUGACCCAGUGCUCCCCAAGCCUCUCACAGAGUUGCGUACAGCUGAGAACGACCUUACAAAAAGCCCUCCUCCCCUGCGGAGACAAAAGAGCCUGGUCAUCUUGACAGAGCCAGAGAGCAGUAUGGAUGGGAAGAUGGCCACUGUGAAAACCCAGGAGAUUCUGCAGGGCAAUGUGGUGCGGGAGAGUGCUGAAGCACAUGGAACUGUGGAAACGAAGAAGAUUGAUGUGGUUAUCAAGCAGUGGGAGGGUUCUUUCUUCAAGGGGAACCCUAAGCUACGCAAGAAGUCUGUGUCUCUGCGCUUUGAUCUGCACAUGGCAGCGGCUGAUGAGGGCUGCUCGCAGACACAGCAAGACAGCCUGCCUGAUGUUGAGGUGCGCCUGGUGAUGAAGAGGUCCCGCAGCAUCUCCACCAUCACCCAGUGACAUCACGUUGUACCAUCACUUGGUGACAGUGUAUACCUUCAUGGCAAAGACCUUGGCUAGGCACAGCAAGAUCCCAUUGCUCUCCACUCCUGUGGCCUUCUGACAUAAUAUACAGCAGACAUAUCACUUAUCACUGUAUCUCAAAAUGACAUAAUCAUGAUCCCAAUCAUUCUCCCAAAAUCUUUCUGCCUAAAUCCCUCUACUUUUCACCAAAUAUUUAACAUGAUGAUGCUACUGCACUCCAUUUGAUAUUGUGUUGCCUUCCCCAGUACACCAGUAUAAACCAAAGGAAACAAACAGAGUUGAAACCCUUACCCAGGGAACACAGUAGAAAAAAAGAGAUUACCUCGAGUAAUAAAAAGAGGAGUUCCAUCUUGCAUUAAGAAGGAGUUGCUGUUUGUUUUCAGUCACAAUGUGUUAAUAUUGUUGGUGAUGCUGUGCAGAGAUUAAUUGUAGCAUUGGCAUUAAGAAACUUCCGAUUGCUGUAUUGCAUUCAAUAGAGGAAACUGUAGUAUUCUGUUACUGUGUCUAUCACCCUCGAAUCAACUACCAGGCCACAGUCAAAACAUAGCAAUGAUGAAUAUUAACAUGGUACAGUGUAAAGUCCAAUUUGUAUGGAUAUGAACAUGGAAAUUUCCCACUUCGACACACAUUAAAGGAUAGUGUUCCAUCAGAGGCAGAUUUCACCUGGCAUGACAAGAAGGAGCAGGUGGAUUUUGUAAAUAGCUAUACAACAGAAUGUACGCUUUUCUUUUGGUUUGUGGGGUCUUAUACAUUAUAAUCUAUAUAUGAUUGAUUAUGGUAUAAGAUGGAAUUAGCACUGUUAAGAUGAUGCUUUUAGUUGGCACCAAAGAUUAAAAAGAGAAAAAGAAGGAUUAAGAUUUAUGAAAGACAGCAGAUGUAUACUCUAGUUGGGUGCCUGCGAUGUGAAAACCUUACUGAAAAAUUUCUUACCUAUGCAUUUCUUGAUGUGCUUAAUUUGCGCUACAUAGUGAAACACUUGAACUAGAAUCUUUUCAGUUUAGGAGCUCUUGUUUUUUUGAAACAAAUAAUACUAUACAGCUUUUUACC